GGGAUUUCGGCAGCGGUACGGUAGCGCGCGCGCGGAUCUCAAUAUAAGGCGGCGUUUCAUCGUCGCAUCCUUUAUCUAACCUGUUUGCGGCCUUCGGACAUCACGCUCGCCGGGGGGGGCUUCUUCACUCCACUUCCCGCUCCCUCACCAGACACACCCUCGUUUCUUUCUUUACUUUGACGAGCGCGCGUCAUGGCGCCCCCGGCCUUAUCACCCUUGUCGCCGCGCGACAUCUCCUCCACCUUUGGCAAUGUCAAAGACAGUCUGAGCUCCUGGGACAAGUGCAUGUCCAAGACCUACUGCAAAUGGCCCGUUGUAGCAGUAAUCAUAGUAAGCGGCCUGAUCGUCUUCUCGUUGCUUUGGUGCUUCGCCCGUUGCCUCUGCUGCGGCGCACAAUGCUGUGCCUGUUGCCGCUGCUGCCAAUGCGGCCGUCACCAGCGCGUGCACCGCCAUGUCGACUCACCACCUCCGCAACCCAUCAACUCUCAAUACCAACCACCGCCACCCAUGUAUGCUGGACCAGGGCCGGCCCCUGGAUAUGAAGCCCAGCAAAAGGGCGUGGCGCAGUUUGCUUCGUUCGAAGGAGCCACCAAGGACGGGAAAUUUAACGAGGAUGCGCUUCCAGCCAUGCCGAGUUGGGACCAGGCCGUAAGCCGGAAGGUCGAGGUCGAGGUCGAAGAGACACCAGUCGGCCACGACUCGAGCGACUACGAGAUGCAGAAGCUCGAUCCUAAGGGAGGGCCAAACGGCACUCCUCCCCCGCCCAGCAUGCGUGGCUCGCCUCAACAAUCCGAAACCGGUUUCCCUCCCCAAAGCGGACCACCAGGACAACAGCCAACGACCGCUUUCGCCAAUGGCGACCUGGCUACUCCGCAAUCCUACCAGACGAUGCACGAAUACCACGCUGGCCAGGAAAACAUGUACGGCAACAACCAACAAGGCUACGGAGGCUAUGGAGGUUACGGGGCGCAAGCUCCGCCGCCGCAGAGCCAGCCCUACUUCCACUCCGAAGAUCCCUACGGCCAGCACUACCAAGACGACCACAACGGCGCAGUAGGAGGCUACGGCGCGCCGAGCGUGAACGGCUAUCCAGCGACGGGCUACGCGCCCUCGGGCUCGACCAUGUUCGAGCCGCCCUCGAUAGCCGGCGACCCGCACCAGCAGAUGCACUCGCCCGCGCCCUACAACAUGCCCAUCUCGCACACCCCCGUCAACGACACCUACCAGCGCACCAUGUCGCCGGCCAACAGCGCCUUCGCUCGCGCUCGCUCCCCGGCCAACGACCCUUAUGCCCGCGCCCGCUCGCCCGCCAUGCCCCAGCCCCAGCCCGUGGCGCCGUACCGGCCGUUCCAGCCGUUCCAGCCGUCCGUGUCCCCGCUCCACGACCCCGUCGCUCGCACCAUGUCGCCCGCGCGCACAAUGUCGCCGGCCCAGCCGCAGUCGCAGUGGCAGACGCAGUACGCGACGGGGCAGGCGCCGCAGGGAGGCGGCCCCGGAAGAUGGUGAGAGGAUGUGGGCAGCGGCGGGCUCUGAGCGCUGAGCGCCGCGCCGCGGAUCCUUAUAACCUUUGCUUUGUCAUGCAUGCUCUUUUGUUGACCUUCUGAGAUACCCGUCUGGCUGCGGCACGGUUCUGUUU